UUCAGCAGGAAUUUCACUGCGCGUGCGGUUGUUGCAGAAAAACACAAGCAUCGGAGAGACAAUAGAGAGGUAUUUAUCGAGUAUUUGAAUAUAUUAUAUGUAUUUUCAUAUUUUUAACUGAGUUGGUUAAAGAAUAUGUAGAUAGGGAGGUCGGUAGCAGCUUUCGAAAACUAUCAGCCAGCUAGCAACAGCUGACGAUGAUGCGGUGCCGGUGUCCAGUUUGUUAUAAUAACAUCACCAAUCAGGAUCAUUGUCGUGAUUUGUGAUUUUCUAGGCCUGUAGCUAGAUCUGAAUCUAAGAUUCAGCUGCUUUAUAUGCAAAGUUGAGUAUUAGUAAAGCUACCAAAUUUUUGUAUUUUAUGAAUGUUUCUUGGCUUUGUUAUUGUUUAGGUAGCUCCAGUGGCGUUUCUAUGAUUUGAGGACAUUGGGGGCUUAGCCCAAAUCCAGAAGGGGAACACUAGUAGGGGGGUCCGUGGGCAUCCUCCCCUGGAAGAAGAAAUGUAAUUUCAAUGGCUAAAUGCAUCAAUCGGGUGAACUUUGAGAUUAACAUUGAGAGAUUAAAAUUAUUAAAGCUGCAACAUGUAACUUUUUGGGUGACCUGACCAAAUUCACAUAGAAAUGUGAGUCAUAGAUCGGUCAUUCUCAUUGAAAGCAAGUCUUAGAAGCGGGAUAUGUUAUAUGUGCGAUAUUUCUAUGCUUCCCGUUCUUAAGUAUCGUUUUUGCGUCUUUUACUUUCAGUUUUGUACACCAGCUUCAAACAACCUAAAAUAUAUUUCACAGCAGUUUAGAUGGUACAAUGAUUCUCUACACUGAGGGCUUGUUUUGUCAUAUAAACUGAAAUUAGGCGAACAAUUAUAAUUUUUGCAACCAGAAAAUGGUGGUGCGAUUUCUGCAUAUUGCACCUUUAAGGAUUUGGUAAAAAAUCAUAAUAAAUGUAGGUAAAGUAUCCCUUUUUAAAAUAGGGCUGAAAGAAAGUCCUGCAGGGGGUAUAUUUUCCGUUAAGGGGCUUUGAAAAUGUUCAAGAUAUGACAAUUAAUUUCUCCAAAUCACCUCAACUUCCAGAAAAAUCUAAAGCGGGUUGAGGCUGACUAGUUGCAGACACUUGUCAUCUUUUAGUACGUAGGUAAGAUGUUUAUGGUCUUACCACAUCUUUUAGUACGUAGGUAAGAUGUUUAUGGUCUUACCACCUCUUUUAGUACGUAGGUAAGAUGUUUAUGGUCUUACCACCUCUUUUAGUACGUAGGUAAGAUGUUUAUGGUCUUACCACAUCUUUUAGUACGUAGGUAAGAUGUUUAUGGUCUUACCACAUCUUUUAGUACGUAGGUAAGAUGUUUAUGGUCUUACCACCUCUUUUAGUACGUAGGUAAGAUGUUUAUGGUCUUACCACAUCUUUUAGUACGUAGGUAAGAUGUUUAUGGUCUUACCACAUCUUUUAGUACGUAGGUAAGAUGUUUAUGGUCUUACCACAUCUUUUAGUACGUAGGUAAGAUGUUUAUGGUCUUACCACAUCUUUUAGUACGUAGGUAAGAUGUUUAUGGUCUUACCACCUCUUUUAGUACGUAGGUAAGAUGUUUAUGGUCUUACCACAUCUUUUAGUACGUAGGUAAGAUGUUUAUGGUCUUACCACCUCUUUUAGUACGUAGGUAAGAUGUUUAUGGUCUUACCACCUCUUUUAGUACGUAGGUAAGAUGUUUAUGGUCUUACCACCUCUUUUAGUACGUAGGUAAGAUGUUUAUGGUCUUACCACCUCUUUUAGUACGUAGGUAAGAUGUUUAUGGUCUUACCACCUCUUUUAGUACGUAGGUAAGAUGUUUAUGGUCUUACCACCUCUGCCUAGCAGCUUGUGAACACUACUAAAAUGACGACAAAAUAAUUGAGGUAAGAGAAGUAUGUAGUCUAUUUCCCUUUGACUAAAUUAAGUGAUAUUAAGUUGUUAUCCACCUUGUAUUUCAAUAUAGCCUAUUAUCAUUUAUGACUUACAAUCAACAUGUUCAUGACAUAGCUUACCUACCUGAAUGACUACAAAAAUGCAUAGCCUCUGACAAGCACAAUAAUUAGCCUGUUUAGUGUGUAGGUCACACGCCUGACAGUGAGGUUUACAACAGUUAUCUACUGUGAGACACCGUGUCAUCAUGAGAACAGUGACCCUGAUCACUGAAGUCCACUGUACUGUGAUCCUACUCUUUAAUGCUUCUCAGGGAUAUGAAGUGAAAAUCUCUUGGGAUCAGACCUAUCUAAAACUAAUGAUCACAUGUCUCUUUAGAAUGUGUUUCAGAGGGAUGCUGUAAAGCAGGGUUAGGCAACUAGAUUCAGCCGAGGGGCGAUUUUUGUCGGAGCGAAUGUUCGGGGGGCCGGAACAUAAUUAUAAUAAUUUUGAACACCGCAAAUUGACCACAACUAGGCCCAAAAAGAGAUUGUAUUUGAAAAUAACAAUUUCAUACCUAGGUAGUAAGCACUUAGAGAGAGCUGAGAUAAGGUGUCCAGAAGGCCAAAGCUGUAAUGUGUGUUUGUCUUGUUGCAGAUUGAAGAAAGGGUUGACUGCUGGGUAACACUACAUCCACUUUGAGGAUAAACUGACAAGCAGUCAUCUGUGUCCUGAAUGUCACAAGAGCCACAACAAACCUUCAGACUGACCCCUCAACCCAAACUAUGAAUACCCUCAACUCAGCUCUUUAGUGUUGAAGUCUGUGUUCAACAGAGUAGGGUGAAUUUGGGGGUGUUUUAGGUAGGAUUUUGGGGGUUGUGCCAGCCGGGUGGUGUCCCAUGGCGAUUAACAGUGAGGCGAGGGGACUGGGCCGAGGCUGGGAGUGAAGAUGCUGGUGAGAGAGCGUGGUUACUGCAGAGCCCCAGUGUGGAGUCCGUUCGGCCCCCUGUGUCAGACAGGGAGAGGAGUGGAGGGGUGUCGGCCACAGCCGCUGUCUUCAUUGUGGUGAAUGCUGCGCUGGGGGCAGGACUACUCAACUUUCCCGCCGCCUUCAACAUGGCUGGAGGCGUGAUUGCAGGGGUGGUGCUACAGAUGGUGAGUGCUACAGACACACACACACUUUUGAGACCGAAGCCUGCACACUGUGGCACUCCAGGAGCAGAAGUGAGAAAUACUGCAUAUAUAUAUUAUACAGGGAUGUAUUUGUUAAAACGUCCUGUUGUUGUGUGUUGUAGGCCAUGCUGAUUUUCAUAAUCAGCGGUCUGGUGAUCCUGGCAUACUGCUCCCAGGUUAGUAAGUUACCCCCCCCCCCCCCCCCUCUUACGAACACACAAUUGACAAUUUAAGACAUUAUUAUCCAGCAGUACUCUUCCUAGUGACCCUGUGCUCUUUGCCUAGGUCAGUAAUGAGGGCACCUAUCAGGAGGUGGUGCGGGCAUCGUGUGGGAAGGUCACAGGGGUCAUCUGUGAGGUGGCCAUCGCCGUCUACACCUUUGGCACCUGCAUUGCCUUCUUUAUUGUCAUUGGAGACCAGCUGGACCGCUGUGAGUGUUUCUCACACAUAGAUCAUGAACAUGUGUACACACACACACACAUUUUUAAGUACUUUAUUUGAAUCCACAAAUCGAAUUACAGUCGAGAAGAAUUCAAACAAUUCAAAAGGACACAUAUCUGGACACUUAUGGAUGCAUUUACUUGAAGAGCAGUGCAGAUGCAAAGUUUGGUAACAGAAUGACGGCACAAUGGUUUUCACUGUGUUACUGUAGAAUUGCCCACCUUCUUCUCCAAACAGCUAAGCUGCCCAUGACAGCUGACACAGAGCAGUGCCUCGCCCGCUGCUUUGCCUUUGUCCUAUGCAGGUCUGCAAUCUGAAGCCCACGUACUGUCAGCCUAUGUACAUGACCGAGGCUCCUAUAUAUCAGCACUACAAGUUUGCACUGAUAACCAAGGCUGUUCAGGGGCUGGUAUUUCAGCAAUGGUCUGCUCCAUAUAGGAGUCAAAAGAGUAACCCACUUCCAAAAUGAGCUCGUCCCCCACAACAACAAUAUCUGGCAUAUUCGGUAUACAAGAAAACUCAACAUCAAACCAGCCUCCUCUGACAAGAGAAUGUUUGUGAAUAUGCACUGAUGGUGGUACUGUCUGUCUCACCUCACUAGCUAUCAGGUCAAUGAGGCAGUCAUGUCUAGCUAUGUAUAAGUCCUUGUAUGAACGGCAAACAUUAACAACAUGUGCAACAGUCUCCAUCACACACACAGUUGACGAAACAGAAGGUCAUUUUACUAAAAGUUGCAGAUUGUAGCAUUGGCUAGCCUUUUUCACCAGUUGUUUUCCAUUUCCUUUGUACCUUCAAAAAAGGUUAACUUCAUCUGUUGCACCAUCACACUAUCUGUGUGUUUGUUGAUGUGUUGUAUUAGUGUAAUCAGAAAGGGUUAUUAUCACUGUGGAUAAGGGCCAAGGGAGUUUGGAAUGAGAUCCUCUCUAGCUCAGCUGUUUAGAUGUGCCGUCAUAAUGAAAUGGCCAUUAAGGCUUUAAGUGCUGACCGGUUGGAAAGCCACCUUAGGUCAGCCUCAGAUGGACUAUGACCCUGCUAUCAGAUAGCCUGCACUACAACAAUUCUACUUUAAAUAAGACGUUAGUCAAUGGAAUGUUCUGUUUGCUCUUCUGCCUUUCCUCUAUCUCUCUCACUUCCUCUACUCACUAUCUCUCUCUUUCUGUAGUGAUAGCUGCAAUAGCUCAUUUGCCAGAUGGUGUGGUCGGUGGUCACUGGUACAUUGACCGUAAGUUCACCAUUUGUGUGACUGCCAUCCUGGUCAUUCUGCCUCUCUCCAUCCCCAAAGAGAUUGGCUUCCAGAAAUACGCCAGGUAUGCCUUGCUGCAUCCAACAAAUACACGUUUACAAAUUUACCAAGUACACUUUCCCACACCACCCUUUAGUCUACAACUGAUGAUUGAAUUAGAAUUUGAAGCCUGCUUAUUAUCAGUAGGCUAUAUGAAUACAGGUCAGUCUGUGAUAGUGCUGUUCUCCUGUUUUUAGUGCCCUGAGUGUUGUUGGCACCUGGUAUGUCACCAUUGUGGUAAUCCUGAAAUACAUCUGGCCUGAUAAAGAGAUGACCCCCGGCUACAUUCCAACCAGGUAAGCUAACUGAACUACAUAUACAAUUCCCACUCAUUCAGACCCGUUCCCUACACCCAUGGUGCCAGACGGGACAUAGAGUUCAGAAACUGCAUUUCAGCCCACUCGCCUUUCAUUAAAGCACAGUCUACAUCAAACUACAGUUCCCAUCAUGCUUUGUUUGUGUUGAUCAGCCAGUAUGUCUGUUACAGCCCGUCCUCCUGGAGUGCAGUGUUGAACGCCAUGCCCACCAUUUGCUUUGGCUUCCAGGUAUCUGUCUGUGUUUGUGAGUGUGUGCAUAUGGCUAUUUCUAUUACUUGAUUGAAAAAUGCUUGAAAUUACUAAUAUCCUCACACAAUCUCUCUCACUUUCUCUAUCUCUCAGUGUCAUGUGAGCAGUGUGCCAGUGUUUAAUAGCAUGAGAAGGAGUGAGAUCAAGCCCUGGGGAGGUGUGGUCACCGUCGGCAUGAUCAUCUGCCUCUUCGUCUACACUGGCACAGGUGUGUGUGUUCGUCAAGUGUGUGGGUCUACAGUCAGUUCUGAAUGCAUUGGGUUUUGUUGUAUGGCAUGGCUCAUUUCUUGUGUGAUUUGUUGAUGUGUUAAUGGUGCAUACUCCCUGUCUCAGGUGUCUGUGGCUUUCUGUCAUUUGGGUCUAACGUCAGUCAGGAUGUGCUGAUGUCAUAUCCUCCUAACGACAUCGCCAUGGCAAUCGCAAGAGCCUUCAUCGUAAUCUGUGUUAUCACCUCCUAUCCCAUUCUACACUUCUGUGGCCGGUGAGACACUUUAACCUUACCCUACAAAGCACAAAGUGUGCCACCCAUGCCAUUUCAAUGCUACAUUGUUGUGUAACUUGUUUCUUCAGGGCGGUGCUUGAGGGGCUAUGGCUCCGUUUCCGCGGCGAGCAGGUGGAGUUGUGUGUGAGGCGUGAGCGGAGACGCAGGGUGUUGCAGACGCUUGUGUGGUUCACGAUCACACUCGUCCUUGCGCUCUUCAUCCCCGACAUUGGCCGAGUCAUCUCCCUCAUCGGCGGACUGGCAGCCUGCUUCAUCUUUGUCUUCCCAGGUAUGACCAGUGUGUGUGUGUUUUACAAUGUGUUUAUAUCAGCAAUAAGCAUAAUGCCUGUAUAUAAUGUCUGCUCUCCCCUGCAGGUCUGUGUCUGAUUCAGGCAAAGCUCUCAGAAACAGAGGUCCGAUCUGCUAGGUAAGACGAGACUCACUACCUGUACGUAAUUGAAGAAAUGUAAAUGAAGAAAUCUCCUGAUGUGACUGUUAGUGAACGCUGAUCUCCUCUCUCCAUAGCUGGCAUGGGAUGGUGGUCUACGGUGUCAUCAUGGUAACCAUCGGCGCUUUCAUCUUUGGCCAGACCACCGCCAAUGCCAUCUAUCAAGACAUCAUCCACUAUCCGGACAGCCAAUAGAAUUCUGACCAGCAAGACUCUUUGCUGGAUGAGGAGGAGGAGGAGGAUGCAGGUCUAUGCUGCUAUUCUGAACUUUAUUGACUUAUAUCAGGAUGUGGAGGAUCCAACACACAUGCAAACACACUCCCUCCUGUGACCUCUCCUGCAUGCCGCACGUCUCGUUGUCUCCCUGACGAUGAAACCGCUCCAUAGCACUCGUCACCCAUGGAGCGAUGCUCUUAGGAUUGGAUGAGAGUCCUGAGAGCAACCACUGACAAGGGACCUAUCUUGUCUUUUAAAAAGAUUAUGCCAAUUUUAUGUUGCUGUUUUUAUUUAAUUAUAUUGUGGGAAUAGUCCUGUGUUUUGCCCCGUUGUGGGCAGCAGUACCAAAUCCGUCUUGACAUUCUCAGCCCCUCCCUAUGCUUUUCCCUGCUGGCCCAGCAUGCACAACUGCACUACAGGUGGCAUCCCAUCCCUCAAGAAACUGGGCAGUGGGAGAGGGUACCUCUCCCCCUGGGUACCUCUCUCUGAUAGGUGUUGUUACUGAGGAGUAAUGAACAUACUGUUUUAAGAAUGUGGCCAAACAUUUCCAUCCAUUUUUGUAUUACUUUUACAAUUCCAAUGAUCAAGUGGUUUGAAGACGUAUCCUGAAAUUGUAGUUCUUAAACCUGUAAUGUGGCAAGUGUAUUAUAAUUUUAAGCGAUUUUGAAUGCCUUUGAGAUUUCAGAAGUCUGGGGUCUUAAGCUGAUUCCUGAAGUUAAACGAUUGUAUUGGGCCUAGCUUUAAGGGACAAAAAGCUAUCAUGUUCAAAGGGAUUGUUCCUCAGGGCAGAAAUGACUGUUUUAGAAUUACUUGAAUGAGAUUGGAAAUGCUUGAAAUGCAUUUACUUUUUAUUGUUUUAUGAUUUGUAUUCCAUAAUUGGAGCCAAGGGAAAUCGUUUUUUUCUGAACUGAACCAAUUUAGUCAUCUGGUUGAACAAUAAGCAGUCGUAAUCCUGACUUCUCCUGUUAUCAAUCUACAUUUUAAUAAAC